AUGACGGGUGGGCCACUAGUCGGAACCCCGCCCGCUGCUGCGAGAAGAUCGGCUACGAGGAGUAGAAACAGUGGCAACGGGCAAGCAAGUGGGAACACCGAUCAAGAGAAGGCUUCCUCCUCGCAAGGCCGGCAUCCUCCCGCCAUCAGCAGGGGCACUCUGCUUCAUCCGCCUGGGUAUUCGCAGACCAAAGAGCGCAACUACACCCAUCACUCUGGGUCAAACGCCUUCCUACUGCGCGGCCUGAUCAUGACUUCCCACUCCAAUCCCCUCCCGUUUCUCGCCUCCCUCUUCGUCACCUUGGCCCUGGGCGGACUCUGGCUCGGCUUCGAAGCACCCUACCAGUGGAGAGAGGCGAGCCCUGCUAUCCCACUGAUCUUUGGCUAUCUCUUUGCGGGGACCGUUGUGAAUAUGGGCGUAACAGCGGGGAGGGAUCCGGGCGUGUUGCCGAGAGGAGUUGAUGAAGAACCCAUACUCGCUCUACCCGACGGAGACGAUCAAGACACCUCUCGCCGGAACGAUGCCCUCGCGAUCCCCAUGCCGCGCAUCGUCCGCGUCCGCAAUGGACGGGACUUGACCGUCAAGUGGUGCGAGACGUGCAGGCUGUACAGGCCACCGAGGGCGAGUCACUGUAGAGUGUGCGAUAAUUGUGUAGAGGCGAUUGACCACCACUGCACCUUCCUCAACACCUGCAUCGCCCGCCGCAACUACAUGAGCUUCUUCGCCUUCCUCGGCCUAGCCUUGGCUACAUGCGCGUACGGAGUGGUCUUCUGCGCUUUGCACCUCUACUGGCUCACUCUACCAUCCGACAGCCCUAGUGGGCGCGGAGGCGGCAAGUCUGGGCUGGGUGGUGCGCUCGGAACGAGUCCGAUGAGUGGGGUUCUGUUUGUCUUGAUACUACUCGUUAUGGGCCCCCUCACCACGCUGACUAGCUAUCAUGUGAGGCUGAUCAUGAUGGGACGAAGCACAGUGGAGCAGGUGAGACAACUUAUGCCAAGAAGAAGCUGCUUUGGCCACCCUGACUGA